CUUUGAUAUAUUUUUUCUUUUAUCCUCAGAACAAGAUAUGAGUUAUCCUUCUUAACAGAUGAGGAAACUAAGACCUUAGUCUAAGUAAUUUAUACAGAUCCCAAAGCAAGUAAGAAGUGGUGCUGGACUUGGAGCCGAGAUCUUCUGAUUCAUUUUCAGGAUUUUUAGUCCAGUGUAAAGCUGUUGGAGCGAGGAGCAAAGGUAAAGAAUGAUGUAAUGCACUGGCUGUCCCAAAGCAUCUUUUGUUGUGGAAUGGUUAUUCCAGUCAUCUCUUUAUGAAUCAGAUGUGAGGGGCUGCUUUGUGGAAGGAGUCCUUUGCAAGAACACAUCAACGGGGAAAGAGAAAGGGACAUUCACUUGGAGGGCUCUUGCUGAAAAUGGGUUUAACUCUCCUUUUGCCAGUCACCACCAGCCUGACCUCAUACAUUUUUAGUACAAUGGAGUGGCUGAGCCUUUGAGUACACCACCAUUACAUCAUCGUGGCAAAUUAAAGAAGGAGGUGGGAAAAGAAGACUUAUUGUUGUCAUGGCCCAUGAGAUGAUUGGAACUCAAAUUGUUACUGAGAGGUUGGUGGCUCUGCUGGAAAGUGGAACGGAGAAAGUGCUGCUAAUUGAUAGCCGGCCAUUUGUGGAAUACAAUACAUCCCACAUUUUAGAAGCCAUUAAUAUCAACUGCUCCAAGCUUAUGAAGCGAAGGUUGCAACAGGACAAAGUGUUAAUUACAGAACUCAUCCAGCAUUCGGCAAAACAUAAGGUUGAUAUCGAUUGCAGUCAAAAGGUUGUAGUUUACGAUCAAAGCUCCCAAGAUGUUGCCUCUCUGUCUUCAGACUGUUUUCUCACUGUACUUCUGGGUAAACUGGAGAAGAGCUUCAGCUCCGUUCACCUGCUUGCAGGUGGGUUUGCAGAGUUCUCCCGUUGUUUCCCUGGCCUCUGUGAAGGAAAAUCUGCUCUAGUCCCUACCUGCAUUUCUCAGCCUUGCCUACCUGUUGCCAACAUCGGGCCAACCCGAAUUCUUCCCAAUCUUUAUCUUGGCUGCCAGCGAGAUGUCCUUAACAAGGAGCUGAUGCAACAGAAUGGGAUUGGUUAUGUGUUAAAUGCCAGCAAUACCUGUCCUAAGCCCGACUUUAUCCCCGAGUCUCACUUCCUGCGAGUGCCUGUGAAUGACAGCUUUUGUGAGAAGAUUUUGCCAUGGUUGGACAAAUCAGUGGAUUUCAUUGAGAAAGCCAAGGCCUCCAACGGGCGUGUCCUGGUGCACUGCUUAGCGGGCAUCUCUCGCUCAGCCACCAUCGCCAUCGCCUACAUCAUGAAGAGGAUGGACAUGUCCUUAGACGAAGCUUACAGAUUUGUGAAAGAAAAAAGGCCUACCAUCUCUCCAAACUUCAAUUUUCUGGGCCAACUCCUGGACUACGAGAAGAAGAUUAAGAACCCGACUGGUGCAUCAGGGCCAAAGAGCAAACUCAAGCUGCUGCACCUGGAGAAGCCAAACGAACCUGGCCCCGUGGUCUCCGAGGGUGGACAGAAGAGUGCGAUGUGCCUCGGUCCACCCUGGGCCAACUCUGCUACCUCAGAGGCGGCAGGGCAAGGGCCCGCGCCCCCGGCCAGCGUGCCCAGCGCGCCCAGCACGCAGCCCUCGCUGGUGGAGGACGGGCCGCUGGUCCAGGCGCUCAGCGGGCUCCACCUGCCCUCAGGCAAGCUCGAAGACAGCAGUAAGCUCAAGCGCUCCUUCUCUCUGGACAUCAAAUCCGUCUCGUACUCAGGCAGCGUGGCGGCCUCCUUGCAUGGUUUCUCCUCCUCAGAAGACACUCUGGAAUACUACAAACCUUCCACAACUCUGGAGGGGACCAGCAAGCUCUGCCAGUUCUCCCCGGUUGAGGAAGUAUCGGAGCAGAGCCCGGAAAGCAGCCCAGGUAAGGAGGAAGCCAACCUCCCCAAGAAGCCUCAGCCAGCCAGGCCUUCCGAUGGCCAGGGCAAGCGAGUGCACUCAGUUCGACCCGGCGUCAGCGGGACCGGCCCACGGCCCCUCUGCUCGCCGCUGCACCGGAGCGGGAGCGUGGAGGACAACUGCCAUCCCAGCUUCUUUCUUGGCCUGGCCACCAGCCAGCAACCCCUCGCCAAGUCUGCUGCCGGCCUGGGCCUCAAGGGCUGGCACUCGGAUAUCUUGGCUCCCCAGACCUCCGCCCCUUCCUUGACCAACAGUUGGUAUUUUGCCACGGAGCCCUCUCACUUCUACUCGGCCUCGGCCGUCUACGGGGGCAGCGCCAGCUACUCGGCCUACAGCUGCAGCCAGCUGCCCACCUGCGGCGACCAGGGCUACUCCGUGCGCAGGCGGCAGAAGCCAAGUGACCGAGCCGACUCCCGGCGGAGCUGGCACGAAGAGAGCCCCUUCGAAAAGCAGUUCAAACGCAGAAGCUGCCAGAUGGAAUUUGGCGAGAGCAUCAUGUCGGAGAACAGGUCGCGGGAAGAACUGGGCAAAGUGGGCAGCCAGUCCAGCUUUUCAGGCAGCAUGGAAAUCAUUGAGGUCUCCUGAGAAGGAAGACACUUGGGACUUCUAUGGACAAUAUUUCUCUUGUUCAGAAAAAAAAAAAAAUUCCCUGUAAAUCUGAAAUAUAUAUAUGUAUAUACAUAUAUAUUUUUGGAAAAAGGAGCUAUGGUGUAAAAGCAAAAGAUGGAUCAACACAGCUGUUCUCUCACCGUCUGCACUUGAGAGAUCAGCUACUCUUUCUCAACAAGAGUGGAAGGGCAGAUGCUAGAUUUCCUCCUAGACAGAUGAAAAAUUGUACACAGCGCAUUGCACAUCCUCUCGUUCUUACUGAAUCCAGUUUGAUUUGGUGUUGGAGGACAAAAUACCCUCCCGUUUUCGUGUUGUGCUACAGGAGAUCUCGAGUACUAGUCUCUGUCCGGCCCCUUCCGUAGUGCACCUUAGCGCUGAGACUGAGCCAGCUCGUGGGUUGGGCGGGUAGACCCCAUCAGGGACAGAACCUCAUGGUAAACGCAAGAGAAACGAUCCCAUCCAAAGCGGAUUCGCACCUCCAGGCUCACGUGGCAGCCGAGCACUGCGAGCCGCAUUCUGCUGCACAGACCGUUAGGGGCCUUGCCAAGGUCAACUUCAGAGCAAACCCAGUACCUCAGACUGAAAGUCGGGGCUUUCACCACUACCAAGUCUGGUAGCCUGUCUUCUAGGCAUUGUGAAUAGGUAGGUAGCUAAUCACACUUUGCAGACCAAUUCAGACCAUCUCUGCACAAAUUUCCAGGUGGGCCUGGAUGGAGGUAGUUUUUUCUUCUCAGCUUGAUGAAGAGAAGGGAAACCAUCUAGGAGUCAAUUGGACGGCCAGAGAUCUGGCCGCAAGAUGAUUUAAGGUGGGUCGGGAGGCUAAACAAAUCUGUCUACCUCCCUCCACGUAAAUCAAAGAAUUGUUUCAAAUGGGCUUGUUAAUCCUUUAAAUAAAGAUGAACUUGGUU